AUGUUCUUUGAUGGAGCUGUAAACUUGUCCGGUUCUGGGCACUGUGCGCCCGAUAUCCCUGAUGGACAGCACUAUCCGGUAGCUGCAAAAUUGAUAUUCCCAUGCACUAACAAUGUGGCCGAGUAUGAGGCUUGCAUCCUCGGACUUCAAGCCGCAAUCGAGAUGGGUGUGGCCAAGUUAAUGGUAUUUGGAGAUUCGGCACUGAUCAUAUUACUGCACGUAGGUGAGUGGAAGACCAAGGAUGCCAAGUUGCUCCUGUACUCACAAGUACUUAGAAGAUCUGUCACUGAUGGGUUAGAGGUUGAGCCUUUGAAGAUAGAGGUGUUGCCGAAGCCGGCUUACUGUAUGAUUAUAACGGAAGAACCUGAUGGAAAACCGUGGUAUUACGAUAUCAUGAACUACAUUAAAAGGCAGGAAUUUCCCAAAGGAAGCACUCCUUCUGAUAGGAAGUACAUCACGAAGAUGGCCUCAAAAUUCUUCGUCGGGUGA